AUGACGCCAAAGAGGAUCGGCGCCAAAGAGGAUCGGCGCCAAGAAGGAUCGAAGUCAAAGACGAUCGACGCCAAGGAGGUACGACGCCGAAGAGGUACGACGCCGAAGAGGUACGACGCCGAAGAGGAACGACGCCGAAGAGGAACGACGCCGAAGAGGAACGACGCCGAAGAGGGACGACGCCGAAGAGGAACGACGCCGAAGAGGAACGACGCCGAAGAGGUACGCCGCCGAAGAGGUACGACGCCGAAGAGGAACGACGCCGAAGAUGUACGACGCCGAAGAGGUACGACGCCGAAGAGGUACGACGCCGAAGAGGAUCGACGCCGAAGAGGACCGACGCCGAAGACGACCGACGCCGAAGACGACCGACGCCGAACGCGACCACCGCCGAACGCGACCGACGCCGAACGCGACCGACGCCGAAGACGACCGACGCCGAAGACGACCGACGCCGAAGAGGACCGACGCCGAAGACGACCGACGCCGAAGACGACCGACGCCGAAGAGGACCGACGCCAAAGAGGACCGACGCCAAAGGGGAUAAACGCCAAAGAGGAUGGACGAUCGACGCCAAAGAGGAUCGACGCCAAAGACGAUCGAAUCCAAAGAGGGCCGACGCCAAAGAGGAUCGGCGCCAAGAAGGAUCGAAGUCAAAGACGAUCGGCGCCAAGGAGGUACGACGCCAAGGAGGAACGACGCCGAAGAGGAACGACGCCGAAGAGGAACGACGCCGAAGAGGAACGACGCCGAAGAGGAACGACGCCGAAGAGGAACGACGCCGAAGAGGAACGACGCCGAAGAGGAACGACGCCGAAGAGGAACGACGCCGAAGAGGAACGACGCCGAAGAGGAACGACGCCGAAGAGGAACGACGCCGAAGAGGAACGACGCCGAAGAGGAACGACGCCGAAGAGGAACGACGCCGAAGAGGAACGACGCCGAAGAGGUACGCCGCCGAAGAGGUACGCCGCCGAAGAGGUACGCCGCCGAAGAGGUACGCCGCCGAAGAGGAACGACGCCGAAGAGGUACGACGCCGAAGAGGUACGACGCCGAAGAGGUACGACGCCGAAGAGGUACGACGCCGAAGAGGAUCGACGCCGAAGAGGAUCGACGCCGAAGAGGAUCGACGCCGGAGGAUCGACCCCGAAGACGAUCGACGCCGAAGACGACCGACGCCGAAGAGGACCGACGCCGAAGACGACCGACGCCGAAGACGACCGACGCCGAAGACGACCGACGCCGAACGCGACCACCGCCGAACGCGACCGACGCCGAAGACGACCGACGCCGAAGACGACCGACGACGAAGACGACCGACGCCGAAGACGACCGACGCCGAAGACGACCGACGCCGAAGACGACCGACGCCGAAGACGACCGACGCCGAAGAGGACCGACGCCGAAGAGGACCGACGCCGAAGAGGACCGACGCCGAAGAGGACCGACGCCGAAGAGGACCGACGCCGAAGAGGACCGACGCCGAAGAGGACCGACGCCGAAGAGGACCGAAACCGAGGACCGACGCCGAGGAGUACCGACGCCGAAGAGGACCGACGCCGAAGAGGACCGUCGCCGAAGAGGACCGACGCCGAAGAGGACCGACGCCGGAGAGCAUCACGCCGAGGAACAUCGACGCCGAGGUGCAUCGACGCCGAAGGGCAUCGAUACCGAAGGCAUCGACGCCGAAGAGGUCGACGCCGAAGGGCAUUGACGCCGAAGAGAGUCGACGCCGAAGAGGACCGACGCCGAAGAGGACCGACGCCGAAGACGACCGACGCCGAAGAGGACCGACGCCGAAGACGACCGACGCCGAAGACGACCGACGCCGAAGACGACCGACGCCGAAGAGGACCGACGCCGAAGACGACCGACGCCGAAGAGGACCGACGCCGAGGAGGACCGACGCCGAGGAGGACCGACGCCGAGGAGGACCGACGCCGAGGAGGACCGACGCCGAGGAGGACCGACGCCGAGGAGGACCGACGCCGAAGGGCAUCGACGCCGAAGAGGACCGACGCCGAAGAGGACCGACGCCGAAGAGGACCGACGCCGAAGAGGACCGACGCCGAAGAGGACCGACGCCGAGGAGUACCGACGCCGAGGAGCACCGACGCCGAGGAGCACCGACGCCGAGGAGCACCGACGCCGAGGAGCACCGACGCCGAGGAGCACCGACGCCGAGGAGCACCGACGCCGAGGAGCACCGACGCCGAGGAGCACCGACGCCGAGGAGCACUGACGCCGAGGAGGACCGACGCCGAAGGGCAUCGACGCCGAAGAGGGCCGACGCCGAAGAGGACCGACGCCGAAGAGGACCGACGCCGAAGAGUACCGACGGCGAAGAGGACCGACGGCGAAGUGGGUCGACGUCGAAGAGGACCGACGCCGAGGAGUACCGACGCCGAGGAGCACCGACGCCGAGGAGCACCGACGCCGAAGAGCACCGACGCCGAGGAGCACCGACGUCGAGGAGCACCGACGCCGAAGGGCACCGAAGGCGAAGGGCAUCGACGCCGAAGGGCAUCGACGCCGAAAGGGGUCGACGCCGAAAGGGGUCGACGGCGAAGACGGUCGACGGCGAAGUGUGUCGACGGCGAAGUGGCUCGACGCCGAAGACGACCGACGCCGAAGACGACCGACUCCGAAGACGACCGACUCCGAAGACGACCGACUCCGAAGACGACCGACGCCGAAGACGACCGACGCCGAAGACGACCGACGCCGAAGACGACCGACGCCGAAGACGACCGACGCCGAAGACGACCGACACCGAAGACGACCGACGCCGAAGACGACCGACGCCGAAGACGACCGACUCCGAAGACGAUCGACGCCGAAGACGACCGACGCCGAAGACGACCGACGCCGAAGACGUCCGACGCCGAAGACGACCGACGCCAAAGACGACCGACGCCGAAGACGACCGACGCCGAAGAGGACCGACGCCGAAGAGGACCGACGCCGUGGAGCAUCGACGCCGAGGUGCAUCGACGCCGAAGGGCAUCGAUACCGAAGGGCAUCGACGCCGAAGGGCAUCGACGCCGAAGAGGGUCGACGCCGAAGGGCAUUGA